UUGGGGGCUGAUAAUGGGACAUUCGGAGAAAGCCCUCCUCGUUGAUAUGUCCCGUGUCAGGGUUAGUUGCGGGGUGGUUAUGGAGUUUUGGUUGCGGGGUAUUAAUGGAGUAAGUCUCCUGUUGGCGUGUCCCAUGAUGCUAAGUCAGGCCACUGUUGGGGUUAUUAAUUUUGGAGUUUUUAUGGGUUUUAGUUACGGGGUGUUAAUGGGAUAUACAGAGAAAACAUAUAAUUAA